AUGGCUACGGUUUCUGCUGAUAAGUUACGUCUAGAAAUUCAAAUAAUUCUCAAAGAUGCUGAUUUAAAUACAUUAUCAUCAAAGAAAGUUCGACAAAUGCUGGAAACUAUAUUUAAAUGUGAUUUCACUGAGCGAAAACGAGAAAUUGAUGAUAUUCUUAUGGCUGAAAUAACAACACGUGAUAUAAUACCAAUUCCAAUAAAUCAAACAAGUAUUGAACAUAGUCAGGUGAAUGAUAAUUUACAAUGUCAAACAACAGAUGACGAUUCACAAACAAAAACAAUAGAAGCACAACCAAAUAAUAAUGAUAAUAAUCCACAAACAUCUAAAUCCGACGAAGAAUUAGCUAUGGAAAUUCAUCAACAAGAAAAUCGACCAAGCCUUCGACGAACGAUUAGUACUUCUAGUUCAGCAACAUACAAGAAACCAACAACACCAUCACUUAAGAUUGAACGUCGACGAACAUGUUAUAAUAAGGAGUUAGAUUUAAGUGAUCAAUUAGCUUGUGUCGUUGGAGGACAUCAAAUGCCUCGAUCUGAAGUUGUUAAGCGUAUGUGGGCUUACUUUAAAGAACAUAAUCUAUUGGAUCCGAUAAAUAAACAGUAUGUAAAUUGUGAUGAUACGCUUGCGAAACUAUUUGGUCGAAAACGAAUCCGUGCAUUUGGUAUGCUAAAAGAUCUCGCCAGACAUAUGAGUGAUCCAGAUAAACAACAAUAG